CCAUAACAGCAGGUGGCAGUAUGGGUUAGAAGUAGCAGUGCUACACACAGCAGAACUAAAGGCGGAUUUUGUGUAACGUUAUCUGCUUUUUUAUAUAUGUAUUUUAUUACAUGACUGAAGAUACUUGCAAGGAAUAUGGCAGAUGACGUACUGUUUGAAUUCCUCCACAUGGAGAUUGUUGCUCACGUGUACAAGGAGCAGGCGACCCGGGAGGACAUUGAUAAGGAGAGAGUGACGUGUGUCUCUACACUAGAGCUGAUGGGCUUCAGAGUUGGACAAGGACUGAUUGAAAGAUUUACAAAAGACUGCCCCACAUUCAAAGAUGACUUGGACGUAAUGAAGUUCCUGUGUAAAGAUUUUUGGAGCACGAUCUUCAGAAAACAAAUCGACAACUUGAGGACCAACCAUCAGGGCACAUACGUCUUACAGGAUAAUAAAUUUGCACUCCUAACUCAGUUUUCCAGUGGAAAGCAAUAUCUUGAAGAAGCACCUAAAUACUUGGCCUUUUCCUGUGGGUUGAUUCGAGGAGCUCUAUCAAACCUGGGCUUGGAGAGCGUCGUCACUGCAGAGGUUUCUUUAAUGCCAUCAUGCAAAUUCCAAGUUGUAAUUCAGAAACUCUAGGAUGGACUAAAUGAGCUCUGAACAGCAAUAUUUCUUCAAUUAAAACAUUGUGAAUGUGAA